AUGAGGCUGGUUUCGUUACACGCGCUCGCUCUCCUCUGCUGCGGAGUCGCCGUCGCACAAGACUGCAUCAACGUCGCCCUGACCGCGAUCCCCGGCUGCGCUCAAAAUUGCAUCCUCAACGGCGCGCCGUCGAUAGGGUGCCAGGGAACAGACUUCAGCUGCCAAUGCGCGCAGUCGGCGGCGCUCUACGCUGCUGUCGAGGGCUGUGUGUCAUCAGCAUGCCCGUCCGCCAGCUACCAGGCUGUCAUUGACGGGUCCGAAGAAGUCUGUGGGUGCGCAGCGCCAGCAGGAGGAGCACAAGCGGCGGCGGGAACAGCAAGUGUGUCGGGCAUUGGUGGGACCGUUCCAGCAACAAACACAGCCACCGCGACAUCAGCGCCAACAGCGACCUCGGGAGGCUCAUCAGGCGGCUCCACGGGGGGAGGAUCAGGCACGACUGGAUCGCCGAACCCGGGCAACACCUUCACCGGCUACUCAAGCGUGUCACCUAUCGCCACCGCCUCGGUGAUCGGUGCCGCCGCGCAAGCAACCCCGGUGAUAAACGUCAUCAAAUACGUCGUGCCCGUGGCGAUGAUGGGCGCUGCCGUGCUGUAG